AUGAAAGCAGGUCUUGACGUAAGCAGAAUCACUGAUGAGGGUAGAGGCUAUGAGUUUGACGCAAAUGUUACCCUCCAGAAACGAGCCACGCCCCAAAUCACCGGCUCUAGCGUAGACAACUACGACCAAAAAGUCAUACUCCUCCAGAAGUCUUUCCGCCAAGUCAUCCAGAUUGCCCGCUACAGCCUCAAAGCUCCUGGAGUCACCCAAAAGCGCCGCUCCGAAAUCUACAACAAUUACUUCUUUGACAAAGACCUCACCCUGGUAGAGAAAGUCUUCCGGAAUAUCCUGGGCAAUAAGGUCCGCGAGGGCUCGGCCUCCUUCACCAAUAUCACGAUCAGCAUAGAUGUGCCUCAGACGGCGAGCGAGGAAUGUCAGAGGGGCAGGACACUGGCUUAUGUUGUCACGCCGGAACAUAAGCGAAUCCAACUCUGCCCGCUGUUUUGGACGCUGGCGGGGACUUACCUUGAGCAUGCUGACAGAUUAGAUAUUGGGCAGUUGAGGCCAAAGUGCUCUCAGAUUGGGGACUUUGUGUCCGAGGCUAUGACGUUUCCUGCCUUGCUGUUGCUGCAUGAGAUCUUGUGA